GUGUAGCGAGUGGCCCCGUAAAAAACAUCCAGUGCAGCGCCAACUUAACGGAAAUUUGCAUCUCUUCAAUUGAAUGCCCCCAAUCGGAAAUUUCCCAGCUAAACAAAAAAAAAAGGGAUUACGCAAAGUGCAUAAAAUAUAAAUUAAAUUAUCCACGCAAUAUGGCGCAUGCGACAGCAACAAAACCACGGGCUAUGGCCGAACCGUUGCACAUACAGCGCCUGGAGACGGCUCUAAAUAUGCGCCCCUUCAUGCAGAUGGCUCGUGAGGUGCUCAAGCAGCCACUGAGCAGUGGGAGUGGCGAGGGCAGCGCCACAGAGCUGGAUGCUAAUGAGGAGCAGUGCAUUGACUCCGAUGACUCCUCCACUCAGGUGGGCGUUGUCAGACUAAAGCCCAAACAGAAACGACGCAAACGUCUCCUGGGCAGCAAAGAAGAACGACAGAGUGUCAAGGCGCAAAUAUACAAUUUCAAUGAUCUGACCAGCGAUCGGGAGUGGCUCUACGAUGCCCUGCUUAGCGAUACGGAGAGCGAGGGGCACGCAGUGAGCGACGAGAAUGAGUACAUUCAUCAAAUGCUGCGCGAGCACAUACAGGAGCAGCGUCAGCGCAAGAACUACUACAAGAAGCCAACGAAUGCUCAAUAUGCCUACUAUGGCAGUGGCUUGCUGUCCAAUCAUGACGUCUAUGCAGAGCGCCAACAGGCCACCGUUGGGGUGCGCAAGCGGCGGCGUCGCACAAAGCAGGAGAUACUGCUGGCGCGUCUGGCUGAAGCGCAGGCGGGCCCCAAGCCCGUUAAACAGCGUAGGCGAGGGCGGAAGAAGCGCAGCAUACUCGACUCGCCGGAGUCGGGCGAGGUGCCGCCGUCAGAGCUGGGCAAGUAUUGCUUUGGGGACACGCUGCCCGCGAACGAAGAAGAUGAGGAGGACAAUGGAGAGAUGGUUGACUACAAACGGGAGUUGGCCAAUUUGGCACUGGACUAUCCCGACGAGGACGAGGAAAUCGAGGAGGAAGUGGAUGUGGUGGGCGCGACGGAUGGCCAAGUUACGCGUGUGCGUUGCCGUCGCAAGAAUCCGGAAGUGUUGGCGGCGCGCCGUCGUCGCAUCUGGCAAAUUAUGUCGAAAAAGGAGUCCGGCCGGCUGCAACGCAUUAAAAGCAAUAAUCAUAAAGAGAUGCUGGCUAAUUGCAAGCGCGUCGCGGGCAUGUGUGCCAAGGUUGUGCGCCAGCGUGCACUCAACUCCCAACGCACCAUGAAGGAGACGGUGUGGCGGGCCAAACGCCUGACCCGCGAAAUGCUCAACUAUUGGAAGCGCUAUGAGCGGGUCGAGCGCGAUCAGCGUCGAAAACAGGAGCGCGAGGCUGAGGAGCAGCGGAAACAGGAUGUGGAGCUAAUCGAGGUAAAGCGGCAGCAGCGUAAGCUCAAUUUCUUGAUUACUCAAACGGAGCUCUACGCUCACUUCAUGUCCAAGAAACUGGGCCAGGGCAGCGAGGCGGAUCAGUUGCGUAUACUCAGCCAGCUGGAUGAGGAGCACAAUGUCCGACUGGCUGCCCACGAUAAUUACGAUGCGGGCGAAAUGAAGCAGCUGGCGCAGGCGAAUGCCGAGGCAGCAAUUCAACGGGAUUUGGACAAGACGCGCGCAUUCAAUGUGCCUAUCAAGAGGGAGCAAAUGUUGGAGCAGCUGCAGGAGUUGGAGCAAUCGUUACCGCAGCAUGCGCGUAAGCAAAUGAAGGAUUUGCCGCAACCGAAUAUGUUUAAGGGCACACUGAAGGGGUAUCAGAUCAAAGGCAUGACCUGGCUGGCCAAUAUCUAUGAUCAGGGCAUUAGCGGCAUCCUAGCAGAUGAGAUGGGUCUGGGCAAGACGGUGCAAUCCAUUGCGUUCCUCUGCCACAUUGCCGAGCAUUACGGGGUGUGGGGCCCGUUUCUAAUCAUAUCGCCCGCCUCGACACUCCACAACUGGCAGCAGGAGAUGGCCCGUUUUGCGCCCGAUUUCAAUGUAGUUCCCUACUGGGGUUCGCCGAACGAGCGUAAAAUCCUACGCCAAUUCUGGGAUCAGAAGCAUUUGCAUACACGCGAAGCGAGCUUCCAUGUGGUGAUCACCUCCUACCAGCUAGUGGUCAGCGAUUAUAAGUACUUCAACCGCAUCAAGUGGCAAUAUAUGGUCCUCGACGAGGCGCAGGCUAUCAAGAGUGCCGCCUCGCAACGCUGGAAGCUCCUGUUGGGCUUCAAUUGUCGCAAUCGCCUGCUGCUGAGCGGGACACCCAUACAGAAUAGCAUGGCGGAGCUGUGGGCGCUGCUGCAUUUUAUAAUGCCCACGUUAUUCGAUUCGCAUGAUGAGUUCAACGAGUGGUUCUCUAAGGACAUUGAAUCGCAUGCGGAGAACAAAACGGGAAUCGAUGAGAGGCAAAUCUCUCGUCUGCACAUGAUACUCAAACCCUUCAUGCUGCGUCGCAUCAAGAAGGAUGUGGAGAACGAGUUGUCCGAUAAGAUUGAGAUUAUGGUCUACUGCCCGCUGACAAUACGUCAAAAGCUGCUCUAUAGAGCACUGAAGCAAAAGAUACGCAUCGAGGAUUUACUGCAUUUGGCCAGUGGUGGCUCGACAGCCGCAUCGGCGGCAUCGGAUGGUGGCAUUCUGGACCGCAACUUCACCUCGAAUCUUAUGAAUCUGGUCAUGCAGUUCCGCAAAGUGUGCAAUCACCCGGAGCUAUUUGAGCGGCGCGAUGCCAAAAGUCCGUUCAGCAUGCGCUGUGCCGAGUUUGUUUUACCUCGCUUAGUUUUUGACGAUGGACUGCUCCACAGAGCGUUGCCCAGUCGGAAGCACUUGCUUUAUAAUCGCUUCAACAUCUUCAAGUCGGCCCACAUGCAGCGAUCUUUGUUUGACGAUGUCAGCGUUGAUAGCUGCUUCAGUUUUACCCGCUUGUACGACUUAUCCCUGUCUGACACAGAGGAUGUGACCUGGCAUGGCCUUAUCGACUUUUUGUUGCACUACCGUCGCGUGCUUGAGAAGCAGCCACUGCUCUCUUAUCGUCGCCAGUGGUGGCCGCAUCUGCGCAACACUCGUUACCAACUGAUGGAGCCACUGCUAGAGCGCAAACUCUUACCAGACUUUAUGCUCACGAACAGUGUCUUAAGGCAGUUCAUCUUUACCGCAAUGACAUCUCGAGAUAGCAGCGUGUAUGCCUUUGGCGAUUACAUCACUGUCAACAUGCAGGAAACGAUCGAGCAUCGUGUGACACGUUCAAAAACAAUCAAGCAGAAGACGCCUAAAAUUGAGCAGCUUUGCGAAAACGAUGGUCAAACGCAAGUGAAUUCUGAGGCGUGCAGUAUAAAGCAAGAGCUAGAAAUGGAAUCAGUGGAAGUGCAGACGAAAUCGAAUACCAAGAGCGAUGUCAAAGUAACAACAUUGCAUUUGCUGCCCGAGUUUCCGCAUCAUCCGCGCAAACCGCAACGCUACGAAUGCGAACCGCUACAGAUUCCUCGUUUUCUCUACGGAUUGGGUCAGCGGGUGCAGGCCGUCGAUCGGCAUUUAUAUUGCGAAAGUCGCGGCGCUGCCUGGACGCAAAUACGCCACGUGCAGUGCGAGAAUAUUGUGGGUAGGGAGCUGGUGGCCACAGGCUUGGCGCUGUGUCGUCCGCGCAGUGGUUGGUCGUCGAUUGUGGUGCCCGAUAAGGAGACACUUAUAACAGAUGCUGGCAAACUGUCUGUGCUCGAUGGUCUACUCACACGCCUCAAAGCCGAGGGUCAUCGUGUCCUGAUCUACUCGCAAAUGACCAAAAUGAUUGACCUGCUGGAGGAGUAUAUGUGGCAUCGCAAGCACCGCUAUAUGCGUCUCGAUGGCUCCAGUAAGAUUUCAGCUCGCCGCGACAUGGUCGCUGAUUUCCAGACCCGUGCCGAUAUCUUUGUUUUCCUGCUAUCAACGCGCGCCGGCGGUUUAGGCAUUAAUUUAACUGCAGCUGAUACGGUCAUCUUCUACGAUUCGGACUGGAAUCCCACCGUUGACCAACAGGCCAUGGACCGGGCUCAUCGUUUGGGCCAGACCAAACAGGUAACAGUCUACCGUCUCAUCUGCAAGGGCACCAUCGAGGAGCGAAUUCUACAACGGGCGCGCGAAAAGAGCGAGAUACAACGCAUGGUUAUAAGUGGCGGCAAUUUCAAGCCCGACACACUCAAGCCCAAAGAAGUCGUUUCAUUGCUAUUGGAUGAUGAAGAAAUUGAAAUGAAAUAUCGACAGGAAGCCAGUAUGCAGGUCAAAGAGGAGAUCGCCUCCUCCUCCCCCAUUCCGACAAUAAAAGCAACAGCAACUGUAAUAACAUCAGCGCCAGCUGCAACUUCAAAUGAACGUAAGCGACGCAAGCCAAAUAAGGAGGCUAAUAUGGGUGGCAUUACGAUACCGGCAAUUGAAGAUGAUGGAGCCAGUUGCAGCCCAGUUGCAAAGCGCAUUAAACAGGAGGUGGACGAGGAUUGCAUUGAUGUAGGCAUUGCCUCCUCCACGUCCAGUGGCGGCACAGAAAGCAACAACCAAAUACUCAGCCAUGAGACUUAUGUGCCGGGUGCGACAAGUGUGCGGCAGCAACACCAACACUCCCAGGCUGAUAACGAUUCCGAUAAUGAGGCAUUAGUGGUGGAUGGUGAUAGUCCAGCAACGGAGUCAAUGAACUUCCUGGGCGAUUUUGAUAGUAUGCCGUCGGUGCGGCGGCGUCACCACACUCGUGGUGCAAGGCGAGGACGACCACGUGGCAGCACAAGACGCGGUGGUGGCCAUGGAUCGCUGCAGCGCGUGCCGACGCCAACAUUGCCGACUGUUGGUGGAACGACCACAUCACCGUUACCGCAGCAGGAAGUAGUCAGUGGCGAGGCUGCAAGUGGCCCUUCCGUACUUCUGCUCGAAGAAGAUACAUAUCCGAGCACAAUGAGCACCCCACCUGCCUCAUUGGCCAAACGCGGACCAGGACGCCCACGCUCGAAGACAUCGAUGCCAGUUAGCCGAGGAUCACGCGGCGCACCUCGAGCGCGUCGACCUAUGGGCCCACUGCUGGUACCGCUUGGCCGCAGUCCGGAUGACACUCCGCCAGCCAGCAGUCCGGCCACCAGCCGUGCGCCCAGCCCCACAUCGCAUGGUGAACGUGGCGCCGGAAUACUCGAUUAACUUAGACAAUUCCAUUGCGAACGUAUUCACAAGGAGCAUAUGCCUAAUUUGUGAUGCAGUCUUUGUUAAUAGCAUUUAUACCUCUCAGCUUAGUUUGAAAAGAUUUAACAACUCAUGACAAGUUUAAUAAAAUGUAUGAUUUUAAAAUA